AUGCCCCCUGUAUCUCAAGACUAUAUGGACGAGAUUCAGCGUGGCUUGUUUGAAUCGCGUCGAAGAUGUUUCAAAGCCACUGCGAGGGUCGACAUCUCCCGCCUCGUGUUCGAGAGAAGCUUCAAAAAGCAGAUGGAUAACCAGAAGAAUUUCGAGCGGUUUCGACGCAUUAUGGACAUCCAGGGAUGCCAGCGAUUCAUGCAGGACUGCCAUGUUCCUGUGCUGAUCCCGGCUGCUGACUGGGGCUCCCGCGUUCGCCUGCGGUAUUGCGAUGGAUUACUGGACUGGCUAGACGUGGAUAUUGAUUACCACCUUCACGCGCAGGAUCAUGAGACGAUGAUUACAGCCGCGCGAACAAAGCUGGGCCCUACAAACCAAUGGUGGAUUGUGGAUGUCUACGUGUUUGAACAAACAGGUCAUGGCCGCGACGGAAGUGAAUCCGCACAGGAUAUGUUCAUUCGCUCCCUCCGAGAACAAUAUUCCAAUGACCGUCGGCCUCCGGACGGCUUGGUCUAUGAGCGAAUCCGGCGCUAUGAAGGAUAUCUAGAAGAUCCCGUCAAUCGUUUCGCAGCGAACAAUUGGUGGGCCGUGCUGGAGACCAUGUGUGGAAGCAAAAAGGCAAAAUACCUCCGAGCGUUCUUUAAGCACCCGACGCUACCCCAGAAACUCGAUAGGCUUUUACCAAUCGAGGGGUUAUGGGAGGGUAUGCGGAUUGGCUUGCUCCACAAAGUGCUUGCCAUGCGCUGCGACCAAGCUAUCAUGUGUUACUGGGAUCGGAUAUAUCAAACUUUUCUAGAUCUGGUGGGAGGCAAUUACCAGCAUCUGCGUCUCAUCGACGGCUUGACCGUCCGUCUAAUCCAGUCGCGAGUCCCGAAGGUUUCGCCGAGAGACUUCAGGUUCUUGGAGAGUGAACUGGGACAAGGCAACUUGUUUCGUACCAUCCCCGCCCAUGACCGCCAAGCUGUUUGGGAGCGGUUGAUCAAUAUCGAUUUCCCAAUCCCCUCUCUCGAGACGUUUUUCAAGGAUAGGCUUUACCUCGAGGUAGGACGGAGCGUAAUGCAACAGGUGUUCCUGCCUGACCCCAAUCGUAAGGUCACCAUUGAUGAAAGGGUCUAUGAGCACUUCGAUACGCACAUCCCGCUCACCACAUCGUACCGACAUGAAGCGCUCAAGUCAGAUCUCUGGGAGUUCUGGCGGUUCAGUUUUCAGUAUGGAUUCGAGAUGACCGAGCAUCGGCGCCGCGUGUCACCUUCUCGGGAGGAAGGCCAUGCCAGGCCCACCACGAGUCAACCUUCCACUGAACAGCGUGCAUUGCUGUGGCAGCAUUUCUUCCGUCUUGUCCGGCAGAGAGGCUAUCGUGUCCAUGAGCGUCUGGGCAUAUCAGCAAAUUUGCCGCAGGAUCUUCCCCCUCUCCCGCACAUCCAACCUGUUUUCCCGGAAACGGACAUGGAGAUUCCAGUAAAGCGCAGGAGCGGGAAACCAUACACGGACUCGAUCGAUGCAGAUCGCUUCGCGCUGUCAGCGGAAGCGCUCCAGCAGGCCUGGACAUUUCCACGAGUCACAGCAGGCUUUCUUCGCCAGUCAGUCUUCUUUAUGUUCUUUUUCUACCUCACUGGAAGCCGGAAUGGUCCCGGUGUUCGGAUGUGGCCUGAGGGGACUCAGGGCCCUGCUGUCGUCACCUCACUAGGAGUGGAAGGAUCCACCGCGGAGCCUACGCCUCGCUUUGCGGCGGCAGAGCCUGUCAACACUCCGCUACCUGAUGCUCCCAGUGACCUCCUUAUCCAGCAACCACAGCCGACGGUGCCCACCAUCGGCCAGAGCAUCCUGGUACCUGAAAGCUUUGUGAUAGACGUUUCACUAGAUGACACCACGUAUGAGAUACAGCUUCCUCAGGAUCCAGACAUUUUGACCGAGUUUUUCAAUGGCUUGGGAAGAAACUAUUUUCAUAUUUCGAACCCCGCGGAGCACGGAAGAGGAAUGAGCACUGACGAUUGCUGCCGCUACUACCGUGAGCACCCGGAUGGCCGGCUUCACGCAAUCAUUAUGAGCAGGCCCUAUCUUCCAUACUCCCAGUCCAUGCAGGAACCAGGGACUGGACGGCCAGUAGUGGAGACUACUGAGCUUCAAGAGGCCACGGAAUGGCUUCAAGAUGCGAUUGCAACGCUGGGUCGACUGCGCGCUGCAGCCCCCGGGACGGGUCAACCUUCAUCUGACGAAGAUUGGAGCUCUGAAUCGUGA